AAUCUUGUGUACACUGAUGAAGGAGCAGAUGAAACCUUGCAAGUGAGCAAAGAAUGUAUAGCAAUUCUUGGAGAAGAGUUUUCUGAAUUUCAACUUAGCACAGGGGCUUAUUAUCUAUGUCGCCGUGAUUUUUUUGAGUUAAUGGAGGCUGGAAAACUCACUCCGGAUUGGUUCAGGAUUUUAGUUGAUAAUAAAAUUGACUAUACAGAGGUAGGAGGAUGGAGAAUGACUGGUAAACCAGAGCACCCAUAUCAAUCAUAUACAGAAUUGAAGACCAUUGGAUGCAUCAUGUAUGGUCCUGCAAUGGAGGAAAGUUGCAAGAUUACAAAGUUAUCGAAAUCAUCUCUUGAUGAUAAAGUGAUGGAGUCCACAACUGAACUUCGUAAAGCAAUAAUACCAAUGGAUAUCGUCAUAAAUGAGACCAUGGCGUCUACCUCAAGCUCGCUAGCUGACAAAAUUCAAUCUUCAGAUUUAGUAUCUGACUUCAGCAUAUGGUCUCUAAAGGUGGAAAAUUUGAAACAUAUGGAAAUUCAACUUGAUGACAUACGGGUGGCGACAAACAAUUUUAGUGAAGCAUAUUGUAUUGGAUCGGGGGCAUAUGGGAAAGUGUAUAAAGGAGAACUUUAUCUUUCAGAUAGAGUAAGUUCGUUGGCAUUAGAAACCAUGAAUGUAGAUAAAUUACCCCGGAAAAGCACUGUUGCCACAAAAUGCAAUAUACUUCGCGUAGAGCUAGGGAAUAAAGGGUUCUUGGCCCAACUAGAAUUGCUUAGUAGAUGUGAGAAUCCCAACGUACUCCGUCUUUUUGGAUUUUGUGUUGACGGUCCCGUAAGGAUUCUUGUGUAUGAGUAUGCUUCUAAUGGAAGCCUGGAUAAUUAUCUCAAUAGCACGGACAAAAUGAUUAAUCUUACGUGGGAUCAACGUUUAAAGAUGUGCCUCGGUAUUGCAUACGGAUUAAAUUACCUCCACAAAGCAGAGGGCGACAAAAGAAUUACAAUACACGGUGAUAUAAAGAGCGAUAACAUUCUUUUGGAUGAGAACUUGGAGGUCAAGAUUGCUGAUUUUGGUCUUUCUCUAUUCCAUCCUAUAAAUCACUCGGAAAGCACUAUACAUAUGAAGAACUUUGCUGGAACAAAUGUGUAUGCAGAUCCAGAAUACUUGAAGACCGGUAAAUUGAAAAUAGAAUCCAACAUUUACUCUUUUGGAGUAGUUUUGUUUGAAAUCCUAUCCGGGAAGUCAGCCUAUGAUUCAUAUUACACCAACCAAUAUGAGAUGGGGCUUGCACCUGUGGCACGAGAGCACUUUAGUAAGGGAACAAUAUUGGAAAUGGUAGAUGCCACAUUAAUGAGUGAAGCUCAUGAACUUGGUUCUAGACCAAGGAUAAGACCACAUCCACAUUCCUUGGAAACAUAUUGUAAAAUCGCGUAUGAAUGUUUGGCAGAAACUCAAGCCCAUCGUCCAAAAAUCGAUGCCAUCAUCAAGGAACUUGAGAAAGCAUUACAUUUUCAAGAGGAAAGUUACAAGAUUGCAGAGUUAUCAAAAAUCAUCUCUUGUUGAUAAAACUAUGGAGUCGACAUCUGAACUUAUUAAAGCAAUACCACUGGGUCUGGUCAUCAAUGAAACCAUGGCGUCUACCUCAAGCUCAGUCUUUGACAAAAUUGAAAUCCCAGAAGCUGGGGUAAUUGAAGAUGCGGAUUUAUACAAUUCAGAAUCUGAUUUGAGCAGUGAUGAUUUGUGUUGACCAAGAAUCAAGGACAAAUAAGUCCAGAUGUGGACGUUGUGGGCUGAGUAAAAGUAACCAUUUGAAGACGUGCUUUUCAGGGAUUUUCUGCUUAACAUUUAAGUAUCCCCUCUAUAUAGCAUGUUCUCUAUUGUUUUUUAAUUCAAUUAAUCAGCCAAAUACCAUUGUAAUAUGUGAUAAAUAAGCAUUCGACUCGAUGAAUAAAGUUAGAAUAUUUCCGCUAUAUUCCUCAAUUCAUCUAACUGUUUGUGGGAAAGAAACCACUACUAUGGUACUGCUCAACAAAUAGAAGGUGAUACCGGCCGAGUAAAUACAAAGAGCCCGAAUUAAAAACCAUAUUUAGAUUAUUGGGCAUCCAAUCACAUGACGGGGCUGCUAAAUGAGGUGUUUUCAGAACUUGGCGAAAAGAUCACUGGCCGAGUCAUAUUCGGAAGCGGAUUAAAGGUUGAAAUUCAAAGGUUAGGGCACAAUGUUGUUUGAUUGUAACUUGUAAGAAUGUAGACCAAUUCGUAUUACCAAAUGUCUAUUUUAUUCCUGCAUUGCACAACAGUGGUGGGUCUUGGUCAGAUGACCCAAGACGGGUAUGAUGUGGCAAUGAGACAAAUUUAUCUAAAAAUGUAUGACGACAAUUGUAGAUUGGUGGUAAAGUUGAAACGGUCUGCAAACAGGUUGCAAAAUGUUCUACCAACACCCGGUAAGCCAAUCUGUUUAACCAUGAAUUUAGAACCGAGGGAAUGGGUUUGGCAUGCCCACAUGGGUCAUGCUAACUUUCGUGUACUACAACCAAUGGCUCAAAGGGAUAUGGUGGAUGAACUUCGAAAUGAAGCCAAUUGCGGGUAUUAGGUUGGGGGGAGUGCUUCACCACCCCUCCCCGCUUUUUCUCCUCCCCGCCCACUCCCUAAUUGCACGGAAUGCUUCCCCGUUCCUUCCCACCCACAUAAUGCCUAAAGACAACAAAAGACAAAAUAGAAAAAGGAACAUAAGGUGGAGAUGGAGCCGGUGACCGCCCUUCCCGCCUAUUAGGUACCGGUACCACGGGGCGGUGUUCCCUUAGGUACCGGACCGGUACCUAUUCCCUCCCCGCCCGACGAAAGUUAACCGCUCCGUACACUUCAUAGCAAGAUGGAGUAAUGGAGCAUCGUUUGGCAAUGACAAAGACUCUGCUAAAGACAAUGAAAGUACCUGACACGCUUUAGGAUGAAGUCGUUAGGCACUCCGUUUUCUCUUUGAAUCAAAUUGUGACUAAAACCUUUUCCAACUCUAACUCCAUAUGAAGCAUGGAAGGGCUUGAGGUCAAUGAUUGAGCAUGUCCGAAUCUUCGGGUGUGUGAAUUGAAUGCUGCGACAAAGCUUAAGUGAUAAAUACAUGUAUCAUUUCUUUGAAUUGACUUAACAGAAAAAAAUGAAAAAUUUCAUGUACAUUUUUACUUCAAAACUA